AUGGCGGCCAAGUCGGAUGGCGGCGGCGGCGGCGGCGGCGGCGGCGGCGGCAGCGGCUUCGCCCAGCUGCACAACCUGGACGAGGCGGCGGCGGCCACGGGCGGCGGCGUCGGGGCAGCGGCGGCCGAGGUGGCGGAGGAGCCGGGCGCAAGCAGCUCCUUGCACAUCUGCCACUGCUGCAACACGUCGUCUUGCUACUGGGGCUGCCGGAGCGCCUGCCUGCGGAACCUCUUCGGGCGGGCCGCCGCCACCGCCGCCGCCGAGCCGCUGGCCCCGCGCCCCCCCGCCGCCGCCGCCGAAGGGCCGCCGGAGGUCGGCGAGGCGGCCGAGCGGCCGUGGCUGGACUGCCUGUGGAUCGUGCUGGCGCUGCUGGUGCUGCUGGGGGAUGUGGGCACGGACCUGUGGCUGGCGCUGCACCACUACGGCCGGCGGGACUACUUGUGGUGCGGCCUCACCCUGGCCUUCGUGCUGCUGCCCUCGGUGCUGGUGCAGAUCCUGAGCUUCCGCUGGUUCGUGCAGGACUACACGGGCGGCGGGCUGGGCGCCGUGCAGGGGCUCAGCAGCCGCGGGCCGCCCAUGAUGGGGGGGACCGCGGGCCGGCGUGGGGGACCCGCCGGCGGGGUAGGAGGAGUCGGCGGCACCGCCACCCCCGGGGCGCAGCGCCUCUGCAGGAUCUCCGUCUGGGUCUGGCAGACCGUCAUCCACCUGCUGCAGAUGGGGCAGGUCUGGAGGUAUAUCCGAACAAUGUACCUGGGGAUCCAGAGCCAGAGGAGGAAGGAACACCAGCGGCGUUUCUACUGGGCUAUGAUGUACGAAUAUGCAGACGUGAACAUGCUGCGCCUCCUGGAAACAUUCCUCGAGAGCGCCCCUCAACUGGUGCUACAGCUCUGCAUAAUGAUCCAAAAGAACCGUGCAGAAGCAUUACCAUGUGUGUCCUCUGUGGCCUCCCUGAUGUCCCUGGCUUGGGUGCUAGCCUCCUAUCACAAGCUUCUUCGGGACUCUAGGGACGACAAGAAGAGUAUGAGCUACAGAGGGGCCCUCAUCCAUGUCUUCUGGCGCCUCUUCACCAUCUCAUCCCGAGUUAUUUCUUUUGCUCUCUUUGCUUCCAUCUUCCAGCUCUACUUUGGGAUCUUUGUAGUGGUCCAUUGGUGUGCCAUGGCUUUCUGGAUCAUCCAUGGUGGGACAGAUUUCUGCAUGUCUAAGUGGGAGGAGAUCCUCUUCAACAUGGUGGUAGGGAUUGUGUACAUUUUCUGCUGGUUUAAUGUCAAGGAAGGGCGGACUCGAUACCGAAUGUUUGCGUAUUACACGGUGGUCCUGACGGAGAACGCUGCCUUGACGCUCCUUUGGUAUUUUUACAGAGAUCCUGAAACCACUGACUCCUAUGCCGUGCCAGCACUGUGUUGUGUCUUUCUUAGCUUUGCUGCUGGGAUAGCUUUGAUGCUGUUAUAUUAUGGUGUGCUGCAUCCCAUGGGGCCAAGAGCUAAGAUCUUUGCCAGCUCCUGUUGCGCCGAGCUGCUCUGGGGCAUUCCUCUGCCCCCCGAUGUUGAGCCCAUGGCGCCCCAAACCCCUGGGUACCGGGGGGCCCAGGCUACGCCCACCAGAGCGGUCACGGAGCAACAGGAGGAACUCACAGCUGACACUUGCUUGCCCGUUUUCCAGGUGAGAGCAAUGGUACCAUCUACUCCAUCUGGGCGACCCUACCCCCCCGAGGGGCCUCUCAUUAAGAUUGACAUCCCAAGAAAAAGAUAUCCUGCCUGGGAUGCUCAUUUUGUAGACAGGAGGUUAAGAAGAACUAUCAACAUCCUCCAAUAUGUCACCCCCACAGCUGUAGGUAUUAGGUAUAGAGAUGGACCUCUCUUAUAUGAGUUGCUACAAUAUGAAUCUUCACUUUAAAGCUCCUUAAAGCAAAAGUAAAAGAGGGGACCUUAUUUUUGUUUACGGUAAACACAGAUCAUGAAACAAACACAAACCUUCAGAUAAGCUUUCUUUCUGGUUGCUGUAUGUAUAAAAAAAAAAGAUAUUCUCUAUGUUUUGUAAGUAAAAACAAAAAGAAAAACUUUUCUUUUGUUUUUUACACACAAGAAACAGUAUUUCAACUUCCACACCUAGGAUUCACAGGUGGAGAAGGAGGCAUCUCCACAUCAGUUUUAUACCGUACACCAAGUGUAGAACAUUAUUUAUGGGAUUGGUGCUGAUUGAAAAAUUAAAAAAAAACAAACAAACAAACCUACAACUGCCUUAUGCCCUUAGGUGCUGAGUUUCAUUAAGUACUGUCACCUUUCUCAUGCAAAACUCUUUGAUGAUUAUAUGCCAGGAAAAAAAUAAAAGAGAAACCAACCAUCCAACUGAAAUGCAAACCUUUAAAUUAAAAAAAGAAAAAAAAAAUUACCAACAAAAAAAAAGAAAAAUGUAUGAAAAAAAAGUCCUGUUGCUCAUAUUGGAUUUAGCAGAAAAAACCCUCCAAAUGUCUAAAUGUCUAAAGAUAAGAAAGAAAAGAUAAGAAAGCAAAGCCAAGACAACCCCAAUGGAGUUUGAUUUUUCCAAUAGCUGAAAGACAAAAUCAGGUCUGUAAGAUAAUUUGGCAAGGAAUUUAUAACACCAUUGGGCCAAGCCUUGACCGAGUCGUGUUAUAAAGGUGACCCCACCCUGGGACCGUUUUCCUCGUGGAAAUGGACCCUGUACAAAGGUGGGAUUGUACCAGAUCAGUGUGAAAAUACAGGAUCUGAUCUUGUUCCCAACAACUGCUCGUGCUAAAGCCCCACUGUCUCCAGUGGAGCAAAUACCAACAAUCUGAGCCCAGAAUAAGGCCUGCCACCUUGAUUUCUGGAAAAUGUGAAAUUAUCAAAAUUAUAAACCAAAAACAUGAUCUGAAAGUACAUUGCCACAUAUCUAAUAAUUAUUUCAGUAAUAAUAAAACUCAGCAUGGUAGCAAAAAGCGAGUCAAUUUAAAGGCACAAUACUUGAUCAGUGACUGGCAAAAUAAUUUGACCUACUGUAUCAUUUUAAGGCUGUGAAAGGCAUACAUGUAUUAUUUGUAAUCUUGUGUAAGACCUGUCAUGUCUCAUUCAGUGCGAGCCUUAAAGUGAUUGUAAAGCAUCCUUUGUUCCAUUUUGGGGAUUUUUGGGUUUUGAUUUUCUGUUUUGUUUCUGUUUUGUUUUUAAGGAAAACAAAACAUGAAAAGUCGGGAUUAAAAAAAAACACAAAAAAACACAAAAAACAAACAACAACAAAACAACCAACAAAACUUCUUCAAACGGUAAUAACCUGUAAAACUGACUCACGUCUCGAGAUGAAUUUGGUGCUUUGUUAUUUCUGUUGAUGUUGUUGUUGUGAUUUAGCUGAGAAAAAUUCUUCAACUCGGUUACAUGUGGGGAACUGCUGAUAAAAACUGUCUCGUGUCACCCUCUACUGUAAGUACAUGGCGAGAAACAACAACCAGAGGAAACUCAAGAGCGUAGCGAGAGCGCCGUGGUUUAGCUUAGCCUUCCACCGCCAGAAGAUGCUGCCACCUCCGAUGCUGGCAAAGCUGUGGGGUUGUCUUGACAUUUCCAAAUAACCCGCUCGGUGUCUGAACAUUCUCAUCUCUCUCGGAUUCUGUUUCUGUGCUGGAAGAUCUUGGGGUUUUUUUUCUUUUUUCGAGUUAAAUCACCGGGUUUGCGUCUAUCCGACACCCUUUUUCUGUUUUGAGAGUAUUGCUCCUUUAAAGGAAUAUUCCCGUUUCAGGGCAUCUUUUCAAUCCCACCAUCCCUCUACUUGGGAGGGGAAAACAACAACAACAAAAUGAGAUAUUUUUAAGUGAAUGCUGUAGUAUUUUCUGUGUGUAAUUGCAAUUUUUUAUUCCAGAAAUACUGUAACUGUCUAGGGUGCGAAACUCCCAUGCUGACCUAUUCUGAAGAGAAGAUCAGCAUGGAGGGAUAUUUUUUAAUUAUGAUUAUUGUUUCUUUUUUAAUUUCAGGAAUCAGUUGUUUUUUUUAAUUAUGAUAGUAUUUAAAGAAACUAGUACCAAUUUUAUAUAACAGUUUAAAGAAGCUGAAUGCUUUCUUCGCCUGAAUAUACCUGAAGAGAAACAUUUUUUUCAAUCAGUGAUCCUUUGCAGUGUUCUGAGAAAACGUUGGGGUUUCUUCAGUUGUUUCAUUUUGUUUUGUAAAGGAAACUUUCAACUAGCGUCUGUCCCCUUCAAGGCGGGCAGGACUCCUUCAGGCCAAACUAUAGACAUACGGCAAAGUUUAUACAAAGCCAAAUUGUCAGUGGUACUGUAAUUCCCAGUCAAACUCCAUUUCAGGCAGAUGUUUCUGGGCUCUGAUUACAACCAAUGUGAUGGUCACAUUUUCAUGCAAAGGGAGGGAUUUGGUCUCGUCAUCCCCUGUCUAACUCCCCAGCCCCUUGUUUGCUGUGCACAUAAAGACAUAUAUGUAUAUAUAUAUACAUGAACUGAUAUAUAUUUGUGAAAAGCUUUCAUUUCCCUUCUCCAUUGUCUGUGCCCCACAGCCAGUUCCUUCUCAAGUGUUCUACUAACAUUUCACCCUGUUUCUCCCCGAUCAGUGUGCUGUCUCCAUAAAAAGAGGUAAUUUGUGAAGUGAACUCGCUGUCCCCACCUGCUGAGUCCUUAAAACACAGAGGUGCCCAUCCUCCAGCUACAGGCCUGCGUUUCUCCUUCCAGAACUUUCUUUUGACUUGCCUUUAAUGUUAGUGUAGACUUAUCUUGAUCUAAUUCCCCAUGUAAAGGCUCCCCUUGGUCCUUGCAUGAAGAGCUCUCCUCCUCACAUCUGCAUUUCAGUGGCAAAAGCAUGAGAAAGGAAUGGAUGGCAAACAGCCCUGCUGUUCCUCGGGGACCAUUUUUCCAGGCGGUGGCAUUCUUGUUUUCGAAAGCACCCUAAGAAGGUCCUGCUCCCCAAACUCCUCAACCUUGAGGUCUGGAAAUGUGGUGCUGAUCACUGACCCCGUUGAACAGCCAGACCCUUCACACCAGGAGAGUGACAACGAGCCAAGGCACAGUCACCAGGUGCCAGGAGGAGGAGACCCUUCAGUGUUGCCUCUCAUGAGCAACUCCAGCCUGCCUUCCCUCAGGAACAGGAUCUUACUCCACACCACCAUACCAACAGCCGUCGCCUCCAACCUGUGCCAGGAGCGGAGGGGCAAAACACUCUGGAAGUGUCCUUACUUCUCAAUGCAGUGCUAACUUCUCACAACCAAACCAGCUUAACCAAGGGCUUGACACGUCCCUGUUCCAAAGUCCUCCUCCCUUGUGGCUCGUAGUGUGGAUAACAACAAAGGCAGGUGCCUCCACUGCGAGUUGAGACUGUUUCACUACUUGCAUAAACUUUCUGCCUCUGCUUCUCCUUUCUUUGAAUGAUAUCCAUCAGCAUCUUCAUUUAGCAAAGGAUUUCCAGGGAGAGCCUGUGUCCUCCCUGAAGAACUAUUUCUUUAUCCAGGACUUCAUUACAGCCUUAACAUAAAGCACGUGCUCUGCCACUACUCCCAGCAUGUUCCUGGUGGACAGUUUGGGGUGGUGACCAUUUCCUUUUGGGAUUACCUGUGAUCUUGUUGCCAAACAAUGCCUUUUGCCAAGCCAAAAGCUCAGGGUGGAAAACUACCCCAGCCCUUUAUUGGUACUAAUCCCAGUGCUAAGAGUCUCGUCCUCCCCUCCUGUUUUAUUAUUUUUUCUGCCCUUUGAUUUUUUUGGUGUGCACUUUUGCAGGAUGGUCAGCAACUUGUUUUGGUUUCACUUUGGUUUUAACUCCUCAGUUUUUCCCUGGUACCUUUUUUUGUACCAUAUCCCACCUUCUGGCCAGAAGAUACUGCAUGAGGAGCUUUUCAAACUGCCAUGGAGAGGGUUGAGCCUGUAUCAAUUCACAAGAUUGGUGGGCAAGUUCUCUGGCACAUUUGUGGUGCUGGAUUCACCCUGGGAUCAUCUAAACCAGCCAGCUGUGCCAUGCCGGGGCAAUGCCAAGGCACGAGGGCUCCACCAUCCCGACUGUUAUUGCUCAAACCUUCCCUGGCAUGGUUUUGAUCCAUUCCAAGGAGUUCUGGGCUCAGGCACAGCUUGCCCAGGCUUUGGCACUGGCCAGAGACCAUCCCCAGUCAGCAGUUUGGAUGCAGCUGCUCCAUAUCAGAGGUGGAAGAUUUUCGGAAUCAGGAUGGGGCCAGCACUACUCAGUUGACUUCGUGGCCAGAGUGGACCCUGGAAUUGUUUAAUUUCCUAACAAAGAUGUAACUCCAUGCCACAGACCAGGAUGCAGGAAGUGGUGGAGAACGUCAGCUCCGAUCUGGCAUUUUUCCGUUUUCUGCCUGAUUCAAUGGACAAGUUAUUUUUCGGUUCACUUUGUUCCCUUUGCUGUGGUUGUUUUGCAAACUGCAUAACUUUUACAGCUCAGAUGUCAACCCAUCCAUCCCUCCAUCCCUGUCAGAUGGAUGGCAUGUUUACUGUGAUAGUGUUACACAUCCAUAGGCAGCUAAUUCAGAGACAGGAAUCAUUCAGACCAGAGCAAAUCAACAGUGGAAA